UGUAUCAUUUGGCGGGAAAAUAUGCAAGCACAUGGGGAAGUUGUGUUUAUUGGAGAAAUACCGAAGGAAAAACACAACAGUGUUGAUGGGAAAUCGGUUAAAUUGUGUGGAAGGCUGGAUGAGCACAAUUUUGAAGAAUGUCGAGCAACACUAACAGACCCACAGACUUGUGCGAGUGUAACCUUGGAUACGUCUCUUGUGGAACCGUUUGAUUCACACAUUGGUGCCUUAUUCCAAGUCAUUGGGGAGCUUGAAUACAGUGAGAAAUACAGCAGUGUUGUGUUGCGGACCCGGGUGAUUCGAUCAGUGGAUGGAUUAGACUUAAUCUUAUACAGGAAUGUGAUAGCUACACAGAGAGAAUAUAUCAACUCUCGUACUGAAACAUAAGUCAUAGUGUCUCGAGUUUUGUAUCAAUGAUAUCUUAGAAUACAAAUGUUUUUCUAUUUCAUAAAGAUUGUUUUAGUUUUAUGCACUUUAUGGAAUAUAUGUGGGAAAAAUACUACACAUAAUUAGGAUUAAAGGGAGGGGGGGGGGGGAUCUUAACUGAUUACAGUGUACUGUAGGAAGUCUGGACAUGUUAAGGAGAAGUUUGCCUGUAUAAUCAGAUACCAGAACCACUUCUAAUUAAUAAAUGGAAAA